AUGAGAGAGCUGAUGUCAUCUAUUGGAUGUUUCAAAGAUGACCGUAUUGUGUUCUGGACUUGGAUGUUUUCAACAUAUUUUAUGGAGAAAUGGGCCCCCCGGCAAGAUGAUAUGCUCUUCUAUGUCCGUCGAAAGCUGUCCUAUGUCAGUGGUGAUAGUACAGAAGGGAAAAAGCAGGUUGAAGUUGAAGUUUACCGGAGAGAUUCUAAGAAGCUUCCUGGCCUGGGAGACCCUGACAUUGACUGGGAAGAGAGUGUCUACUUGAACCUCAUCCUACAGAAGCUGGAUUAUGUGGUGACAUGUGCUGUGUGUACACGCUCCGAUGGAGGAGAUAUUCACAUUCACAAAAAGAAAUCUCAGCAAGUGUUUGCAUCUCCUAGCAAACACCCAAUGGACAGUAAAGGAGAGGAGUCAAAGAUCAGCUACCCCAACAUAUUCUUCAUGAUUGACAGUUUUGAAGAGGUUUUCAGUGACAUGACUGUGGGAGAAGGAGAAAUGGUCUGUGUGGAGCUGGUGGCCAGUGACAAAAGCAACACCUUCCAAGGGGUGAUUUUUCAGGGGUCUAUCCGCUAUGAAGCACUCAAGAAGGUCUAUGACAACAGGGUGAGUGUGGCAGCUAAGAUGGCUCAAAGAAUGUCUUUUGGCUUUUAUAAAUACAACAACAUGGAGUUUGUCCGAAUGAAAGGGCCACAAGGGAAAGGACAUGCGGAGAUGGCAGUGAGUAGAGUUUCUACUGGUGACACUUCACCAUAUGGGACAGAAGAAGAUUCAAAUCCAGACUCUCCAGUGCAUGAGAGAGUCACAUCUUUCAGCACACCGCCAACCCCAGAACGCAACAAUCGCCCAUCCUUUUUCUCCCCAUCCCUCAAGAGAAAAGUGCCACGAAAUCGAAUUGCUGAGAUGAAAAAAUCCCACUCAGCAAAUGACAGUGAGGAGUUCUUCAGAGAUGAUGAUGGCGGAGAUCUGCACAAUGCGACAAAUCUAAGGUCGCGGUCCUUAUCUGGAACAGGACGCUCUCUGGUGGGCUCGUGGCUGAAGCUGAACAGGACAGAUGAAAACUUUCUACUCUAUGCACACUUAACUUACAUCACUUUACCAUUGCAUCGAAUUUUAACAGAUAUCCUGGAAGUGCGGCAGAAACCAAUUCUGAUGACAUAGCAGAGAGCGGGCACUGCCUUGGAGCCUUGUUGCCAAGUGCCUAACCACAGCGGUUUUCUGUGCUAACACUACCAUCUAGUGUCAGGAACAUAAACCUCCGCGGGAAAAAAGGAAGUCCAAGAAUACCAGCCGAUCAAAAGUGCCUCUUUCUUCCUUCCUCUGCUGUCAUACACCGUAUGCCCACUUGCAGUACAUCGCUUGAGUGUUUCUGACUGGAAGAGGACUUCCAGCAAGAUAAAACGAGAAGGGGCUGUGAUUAAAAUGAGUCAACGCUUUAUG